CUAAACAUGUGAAGGUAACUCAGUAGUGGUUUUUAACUAUAUUAAGAACGUACGCGGCAGUUUAGUUUCACGCAAAUAUUUUUUUUACUGAAACACCGGUUGCGAAAUAAGUGCAAUAUAUUUCGGAUAUUCAGAUAAAAAAGAAUGUAAACAAUGUUAGAACGAAAGAACAACAAAACAUGCUUGAAAUGAGCGCAAAUUAAAAAAAUGGACAGUUUUUGUCCAUGAAAAUUCAAUACCUUUGAUAUACCCCUUUAUAGGGGCCGUCCAACAGAUAAAGCGUCGUAUGGACGCGAAAAGAUAUUUUGGGAAUCUACGAGGAUUGCUUAUUUAGCUUAAAAAUACAUCCCAUCUAUACAUGAGCGUUGAUUGUCGAGUGGUCUCGGCGGGAGGCUUUUUACUCCAGAAAUCCAGGGGUCAGUGGUUCGAGCCCUGUUGAGAGUUUAAACAGAUUUAACAUGUCGUGUGCAGGCGUUGGAAAGAGGAGGUCAUGUGGCUCGAAAUUCUGUCUAUACUGUGCAAAAGAUGUCAAGCCUAAAGAUGACACAGCAAGUAUAAUCGGGAACUUAUCAUGCGGAGAUGAAGAAUAUUAUGAUACGGCAGAUGACGACUCUAACGAGGAAUAUUACGAUGCAGAAGAUUUUGACUGUGAUACGGGAAGUGAUGAACUCGAUAGUCGCAGCAUGAUCACUAAGGAAGAGGCGGCUGUGAUAAAGAAAGUUCUUGAUUAUGAUCAUUCGACCAAGGCAAACACCGCUUCUAUUCAUCAUGAAAGCUAUUCUACUAAUCAAAAGACAGAAGGAUGCGAUGGUCAGGUAGUUUCUUAUUAUAACCAGUUAAGAAAAAACAAAAACGAGACAGCUUCAAAUCAGAAGCGUUCUAGGAAGAACCAGUCGACAAACGAGAAGGCAGAUGCAAUUAAUAAUACUGCGGAUCAUAACCAAUCGCCAAAAGCAGACGCAUCUGCGAGCGAAGUCACUUAUUAUAAUCAGUUGGAACAGAAUGUUGUUCAUAACCUGAUAGAUAAAAAGAAUACUACGAUUCAGGAAAUGUCUUACCAGACAGAGGCGGUAGAAUUUAAAAAAGUUAGUGAUCAGUGUGGCUUUACAGAAUUAAUGACACUUAUGGAAGAAAAAAACAAUGCAUGGCGGGAUACGAAAAUAAAAAUUGCGAUAACAGGUGAAUCAGGAAGUGGUAAAUCAAGUCUAAUAAACGCCUUAAGAGGUCUCAAGGACGAUGAUUACGGCGCUGCAGAGACUGACUGCGUUGAAAAAACUACGGAACCAUUAAACUACCCACAUCCCGAUAACAAAAAUCUCGAGUUGUGGGAUUUGCCUGGAGUUGGGACGCCUAAUUUCUCACAGGAGACAUACCUCGAAGACGUUAUGUUUGCACAGUAUGAUUUCAUUUUACUUGUGUCCUCUUCGCGAUACACCAACAUUGAUACUUGGCUAGCAAAGCAAAUAACACGUCAGUAUCCUGACUCAAAUCUUAUUUUCGUCAGAACAAAAAUUGAUGGUGAUCUGGAUAGCAAACAGAAAGGAAGAAGAACGCCGAUGACAGAUAAUGAAAUAAACGAAUUAUUCUGCAAAAUUAAACAAAAUUGCUAUGACAACUUGAUAAAGGUUGGGAUACGGCGACCUCAUGUGUUCAUGGUAAAUAGUCAUGACCAGACUAAAUAUGACUUUGGUAAGCUUACUGAUAUGUUAUUAGCUAAGGUCACCGGUUUGAAGAAAGAUGCUUUAGUCAUGACAAUACAGUGUUUUACCAAAGAUAUCGUUGCUGCAAAAUACGACCUUUGCAUUAAAAGAAUGGUUGCAAUUACCAAACAGUCAUCUGUAGCAGCUGUGAAGUCAAAUCGAGAAAACGGAGAGCGUUUAGAGAUUGAAAUUCUAAAGCGGGAAGUGUUGAUUUAUAGGCAACAGUUUGGGAUUGAUACACAAUCUGUGGAAAUUGUUGCGCAACGGUUUGGGCUUGAUUGUGAGCAGGUCUAUACUCAACUGAAUUCCAAAACACAUGCUAUAUCGCGAACUUUUGAUGAAUUCUAUAGAAAACAUGACAACGUCGUAACGUCGCAAUGGCAUUCGUUACCAUUGCUUGGUCAAUGGAUGAAAUUAAAAAACUACCAAACUCAAUGCUACUUCGUCUUGAAACUUGUGUUAAAAGAGUGUGUAAAUGAAAAUAAGAUCCUUCAAGAAAAGAUAGCAAUUUGGUCAUUAAUACCGAAUUGAGCAAAGUCUGACAUUGUUUAAUGUCUGUCUAUGAACAAGUAUACACAUAUUGUAUGAUAUGGUAAAUGUGUACGCUGAAUGCAGGAACAAUUGUGGGCAAAUAAAUUAUUUUUUAUAAAAUUGAUGAAAUACAAUUAUUCUUAAAGUUUACAAAAAUACCGUUUGUGUAUAUUUUGUAAACAAGAACUAAACGAAACAAGAAAACCGAUACGUGUUGCAAAUGUUUCAUUACACAUAUUUCAACAAAGAGCGGAAAAUAUAUUUAAGUAUUAUAAGUCUACGAUAGUGCACGUUUUGUUAUUAAUAUACAUUGUCUAUGCGUAUUUAAAAAGUGAAAAACCAUGUACAAUCAUUUUUAUCGGAGAGGAGUCAUUGUUUAACCCAUAUAAACUUUGUUACAACAAAUGAAGCUUUGUUAUACAAUCACGGCUCUCAACCCAAAGACAUAUAUGUAUGCAGAAAUAAUUUGGAAUUAUUAUAUAUUUGUAAUCUAUACAUAUAUAUAUAUAUAU